AUGGUGGCAGUGGCACCUGUUCCUCGAAAUCAAACAUAUGCGGCUGUCGCGAACACGACCUGCCCUUUGAACGUCUGCUGCUCAAAAUAUGGAUUUUGUGGUACGAGUGAAGACUUUUGUGGUGGCGGAUGCCAGAGCAACUGCGAGCCUGUGCCUGAGCCUUCCUGCUCUGGGGAAUCAAGCAGCGCCGUGUAUAUCGGUUACUAUGAAGCUUGGAAUUACCAGCACCUGUGCGAUAAGUUACUUCCAUCGGACAUCGACGUUAGGCCAUGGACACACUUGUACUACGCGUUUGCUGGAAUCGACAGUAAAACAUUUGAGAUCAAAACAAUGUAUCCCAAUGAUGAGAAAAACAUGGCUGAUUUUGUAGCGCUGAAAAAGAAAAGGUCCACUCUCAAGACCUAUAUCUCCGUAGGCGGGUGGGAUCUCGGAGGACAGAUCUUCUCUGAUAUGGUUCGUUCUUCCGGUAACCGUUCUAAAUUCAUCAAAUCAGCAAUUAGCUUUAUGAAAAAGCAUGGGUUUGAUGGAAUUGACAUCGACUGGGAAUAUCCUGCUGCAUCUGAUCGUGGCGGCAAUAGCGCGGACACGAAAAACUAUGUUUCCUUCCUCAAAGAACUCAAGGAAGCGUGUGGUAAAACAUAUGGCAUUACAGCCACGCUACCAUCUUCCUACUGGUACCUUCAGGGCUUCGAUGUUACUUCCAUGGCCGACUACGUGGAUUAUUUCAACUUUAUGUCCUAUGAUAUCCAUGGCACGUGGGAUGGAGAUAGCAAAUACACGUCUUCCGUGGUCAACCCGCAUACGAAUCUUACAGAAAUCACCCAAGGCCUGGACUUACUAUGGAGAAGCAAGAUUGAUCCUAGAAAGGUUCUCUUGGGGCUAGGCUUAUACGGUCGUUCUUUUACGCUGAACAAUACCAACUGCAACACUCCUGGAUGCCAUUUUGAUAAGUCUGCAUACGGCGCUGGCGGAGGUGCGCCUGGGCAGUGUACUCAGACCAGUGGGAUACUCUCCGACUAUGAAAUAAACCGCAUUCUGGAGGAUUAUGAACCUGCGAUCAAAUAUGACGAAACAGCGGGCGUGAACUGGAUUACCUGGAAUGACAACCAGUGGGUGUCAUUUGAUAAUGCAAAGACGCUAAAGCAAAAGGCGGACUUUGCCAAUGGUAAAUGCCUUGGUGGACUCUUCAGCUGGGCAUUGGAUCUAGGUGGCCCCGGAUCAUUGGGGAAUCCCAACGACUUGGAUUCUGUCGAUACAUCAAUGGAUGGGGCCAACCCCGAAGGAGGCAGUGAUGGGACCGGUGAUUUCCUCGUGGGCCAGGAAAUCUUUGGUCCCCACGAUAACACUGUCACCGGUAUUGGCCCUAUAAACGUGAUCUUUCCCCCGAGUACUCUGAAGAGUCCUACGACUCUCCACCCGGGACCAUUCAUCACUCCCUUGGAAAUUGCUUUCCCUAAGACCACAACAAUCACUACAGAUGGGUCUGUCACAGUCACGACUACGAUCACGCGGAUAAUCGAGACAACUACAAUUCCGCUCUCCCCGAUUACCGUAGGGGUUAUUCCAUGGUGGAACUGGAAUAUCACAACCCACAACCAGACUGGCGGGUCGACAGUCCUAUUCCCUAGCAUUGAAAUUGGGCCAAUUGUGAUUUCGGACGACUUCCAGGCUCUGAACAUCAGCACAGCCUCUUAUACCACCACGUCUAACCGGACAAUUCUCGUUCCUCCGUGGCCGUGGUCCACCACGCCGUUGUCAACGACUGUUCCCGUUGGACCAACGGUGCACUUUACUCAAGGUUCACCUCCCGGUCCUAAAUGCACGGCAGGAUGUGGUAAGAAAUGUACUACAUUUUGCGACAGCCCUUGCAUGAACGACUGCGAUGUGGGUGGCGGUAAAUCAAGUGGCUUUGCUGACCCUUCGGACCCUGAUCCGCCCCAUAAACACAAAUGUGGCGGGCCUGACUGUAAGAAUGGCAAAUGUACCGGUCCAUUAUGUGCCAGUUUUGGAUGCACUGGCACCGAUUGUAACCAAGACACAGGCGCGUGUCUUGGGAAACGUUGCGAAGAGACAGGUUGCAUAGGAGAUGGCUGCAAGAAGGGAUCUUGUCAUUCAAAGUCCUGUCGGAAGGUGGGAUGCUCUGGCCGUGACUGUUCCCCUAAUGGAAGCUGUUUUGGAUUGAGCUGUAUCUCCAUAGGAUGCAUCGGUGUCCUCUGCAACAAGGCCGAUGGGACAUGCAGUGGACCUGAUUGCCAUAAAGUCUCGUGCUCUGGACCCAACUGCCAAAACGGAUUGUGCAAAGGGAAAGGCUGUACAAACGGGGACAGAGAAUGUCAAGAAGAGGAAGUCGGUAUCUGUACUGAAUUCGUAUAUAGCGCUCCGGAUACUGUCAGGUCGACGUCUACCACCAAGACUUCUACCAGUUGCGAUACGAUCACGGCCUGCUCUGUCACGGCCACCACUACUACCACAACUAUCACGGACGAUCCACACGCUUCUGACCCAUUCGUAGCUUACAUGGAGGACACAAACACGGCUCUCAUGGCUUCAGUGGCGAGUCAAAUCGAUGCCGCUUUCAGAUCGGCGGAAGCUUCAUGGACUACAACAACAACCAGUAGCACCUCGAAGACCACAAGCUCGGAAACCACGAGCUCGGAAACCUCAACAUCAACUGGGCCUUCUGCUACCUCGUUAAGUAAUACAUCACCGGAAGAGGUCAGCUAUACGUGCUCCGGUAUGUCCGGAGAGUGCAAGGUAUUCUUGCAUCUCCGCCAAUUCUGCGAUGAAGCCAAGAGCUAUAUAAGAGGGACCGAAGUAUACGGAACAACCAAGGCCAAUAGCAAUACGGGCGAAUGCUAUACCGACGGGAAGAACGCAGGCUUUGGCUGUGGAGUCUUCGUGAGUGGUGACGGCUGCCAAUUACUAGGCACUACGAUGCAAGCUGCCUAUGAUCACCUCAUGGAUAAGACUGGAGGAAACUGUGGCAAAUGUGGCCAAGUGACCUUCUCAAACGGAUGUAAGAUGCGAGUCGACUAUGUUAGUGGCUGCCAAACGGAGAACAAUGGCCCAGCGCAGUUUGUCCCAUCAAAUGACAGCAGUGCGACUACGGCCAUGAGCCCUGCCACUCUAGCUUCCUCCCAGUCCUCGUUGGCAGAGAUUCCCUGGUCAGUGGCUACAUCAGGGUAGUUUCGAACUACACAGACUAAUAUGGCAUUUCUCGUUCGUUUAUACAUUACCGUGAACAGAUUUACCCUCAUCUUCGCUGCUGUUGCAGGCACUGGGACCUUGGGAACCCCAGCUUUGACUCCCACCAUUGGAGGAUUCUGCCACGUAAAAUGGUGAAGGGAUGAUAGUUAUAGAUCAUAGUAUAUAAGUUAGUUUACCU